AUGAUGAAUCAUAAUCACAUCACAUCGUCGCGAAUUUCUAAAAAUACUCUGUCAACCUCAUCAAAGCCCCCAAAACUCAAAGAUUCCUGUGACAGAUGUUCUGCAUCAAAAGUUCGUUGCACAAAAGUAAAGCCUUCUUGCACUCGAUGUGACAAGCUGUGCUAUGUGUGCUCCUACAGCCCAGCCAGACGUGUUGGCCGACCUAUCGCAAACGAAGCGGUAACCCAGUUUGUAGAUGAGAGUGUUAAACUAUACUCUCAUUCCAAUCUGGAAGAUGUCGACACAAAUCUGAGCAGCAUGGGCUCUCAUACCACACCACAAGCAAGCCCAAGACAACCAGGGAGCACCCUCGGCAUCGGACAGUCACAGCAGACACACCCGCACACCACAAAGCAUAGUGACAUUGAGCCGGACUGUCUCAUAGUUGCUUUAGAUCUCUUGGUGGAUCUAGAAAUAUCAGCAGACCAAUUGAGACAAGCAUCACCCAUAGACCCGGCUUUGGUCACAACAGCCACACAGAUGAUAACAAGAGCACUGUGUCGAUUAUCAGAUAUCUUGAAAUGUUCCUGUUUCGAGCGUGUGGAGGUGUGCAUGUCAGUCUCGGCACUCUGUAUGUGCGUCAAUGAUAUGCAUGUUAUUAUCAUGGCUCCAUUGGCAAGACAUCCCGUGGCUGUGGUAUCUGAUCAGACAAACCCCUGGGAAAACCUUGGCGAUGAAUCUUAUCAACUUGGGCGUGAGGCUCCUGUGCGAGUAAUGGAGGAACUCUCCCAAGUUGCCCGAGUUAUACUACAAUUCACUGGGCGAUACGACAACGGGAGAGAAGCCCAGGACGGAAGCAGGGGCGUGAAUAGUCCAGGUUUACCGGCAGACUAUAUCUCAUCAAUUGCUGAUUCUCUGCGGCAAAAAAUGGAACAAAUCACUCAGCAUACGGUUGAUUGA